GAGUACUUAUGUAGGUAUAGAGUGAUCGCACGCAAGUAUGAACUGUUGGCAGACGUUAGAACGGACUCAAAAUCACACCGAUCGCAGAACUAGUAACACAGUGUCGCGAGCGAUGAAUGUUUCUCGCGAGGAUUCCCGACGGAUUUUCUUUAUUUAACGAGAAAUAUGGUUAGAUGUGCAGUUCCAAGUUGUAGCAAUGAUUCACGGAGGCAAAAUAAAAUAAACAAUGAUAUUUCUUAUCAUCGAUUUCCGAAAAGCCGUGAAAUGGCAAAUAAAUGGGUCAAAGCGAUAAAAAGGCGUAACUGGGAGCCUAAUAUCAGAAGUGCCGUAUGCUCCAUACAUUUUAGUCCUUCGUCCAUUUCAGAAACAAAGCGUGGACUUCGCAAGCUGGUUGAAGGAGCUAUACCAGAACUUCACCUUGAAGUUCAAGAUUGUGUGACUAUGAGUGAAAAAAUGACACUUUCUACAGACCAAGUCAAUGUGGUGCCUUCUACGAGCCAAACUACGGGUGAUGAGGAUCAAGAUUGUGUGGCUAUGAGUGAGAAUCCUUCUACCAGUCAAACUACGGGUGAAGAGGCAAGCGCUAAUUACGACUGCACUCUUAACCCCGGUGACACGCCAAGAAAGCGUAAAUUAAAGCGUCGUAUCAUCUAUCUAAGUGAAAUUGCUAAACGACGGCGAUUACGUUGCAAUGCAAUGCUCUCUAUGUCCAACGAAGUCGUUUAA